ACCCACGGUGUCGUUUUCAGACUACUGAUAAUGCAAGUCCGUCCUCCAUCAUGCCUUCCAGUUCUCUGCGCCAGCCUCCAUCAUGGCCCUCUAAUGUCCAGUAUAUCAACGCCCCUCGUUAUCAUCCUUCUGUCCCGGGCCCCGUGCGCUCUUUUCUGAUAUGUGGCACUAAUCCCGCCCCCCAGAAAACACCAAUUUCAUUUCCUUCGACAUCUCUAGUUCGCAUAAGACAAAUCACAGAACCUUCUCACCCUGCACGAGGACAGAACGGCAUUUUCGCCGUUCGAAAGAUACCUCCUAGGUCACAUAUCAUUGACUAUAUUGGAGAAGUGCAUUGUCAGGAUAGAGCUGGCUCCGACUACGAUCUUUCACUUUUUCGGUCACAGGAUGGAGAUAAUGUAGGUGUGGAUGCAAGUGUCAUGGGUAAUGAGGCUAGGUUUAUCAAUGAUUACCGCGGUAUUCGAAGCAAACCCAAUGCUGUUUUUGUGGAGAGCCGUACGUCGCAAGGCGAACUACGGAUGAGCAUUUGGAGUUCCACAGAUCCAAUACAAAAGGGCCAUGAGAUCUUGGUAUCCUACGGAAAAUCUUGGUGGCGCACCCGAAUAACUCAAACAGACGCGAUAUCCGAUCUCGCCUGACCAAAAACAUCAGCUUUAUCACCUUCCUAACCACGUGGUAAUACAUCCAGGGGAACCCAGAUCGCUGGAAGCUCUAAACCAGUACGGUUGGAAAUGACCCAAGUCGCAAGCGAUUUACGUGUGCUUCUGGAAUGUGACCAGCAGGUUGGAACCAUGGACAGACAUGUCGAACUACUUGAUGGGGGACUAUGGGUCUAAGCAGGAAUAGCUAUUGCUUUACUACCCUUGUACACUGUGUAUAUUGAUUCGGUACGCUUAACCUUGCUGUGCUUCCCUCAACGUGCUGGCCUCAUGACCCUUGAUCGUGCUGGCCUUAUUCAACGUAUAAAUUCUGACUGUCGAUCGCUUGGGACCUACAAGGUUGGCCUUAAACCUCUUUCCUAUGAAAUCGAAGGAACUUACACGGCCAAGUUUGU